CAAGGAGGCAGCUAAUCCUUCUCACCAUGAUUUGCUUCUUGCAGCGUUACUUCUGGCUGGCCAUAGACGUAGUACUCGCAACGACCCUUUCCUGCCUCCUUUAUGCCUUCCUGUGCGGUUCCAUCGUGCUUUUGACUUGCUUUAUCAUCUUCUCCUUUGGCGUUGUGGAGAGGAAGAUUGAGGUGAAAGGGAGAGCAAUUGUGAUCCUCCCAUCCCAUGGCUCCAUUGGGAAGAUGUUUGUAAGGAAGCUGGAUAAAGCAGGUUUCAGAGUGUCUGCUGCAUGCUGGCCGCCUCGAGAACAGGGGACAGCUACAGAAGAGGAGUGCUUUUCGAGCAUGGAGGUAUCCCAGCUCCACAUGACUGAAGAUGAGUAUCAGGAGACACUGAAGACCUUCAUAGAAAACCACUUAUACCUGAAAGGUAUGUAUGGGCAGAUGAAGAAGCCAUCAAUCCUGAUAUGGGAAGAAGAGGAACCAAACACACAAAGGUUACCUGAGAAAAAAUCUUCCAAAUGGAAGAAGGUUUUCAAGGCUCCGGCUCUGUGUGUCACAGUCCUCUCUUGCCCACUGAACUGUGCCUUGACUUUACUGAAGAGAAGCCUGCAGCUCCUUGUGCCUCUGCCGAUGUACAAAAACUGAGAGGUGAGACAGCAUGCUCACAGCUGACCUGACAGUCAACCAGCAUCUCCUGCAAUGGCAGCUCCUACCUCCCCUGCAGAACAAGGAAGGGUGACCCAGUUGGUAGGAAGAAGAAGGUAGAAGGUAGAAGGGAAGGGCCAAGGAAGCAUCCCAGAGCAGCCUCCUGCCCCUCCAGCACUCUGGCACCCGAAGAACCCUGAUUCUCUGCACCAAUGUGGCCCUGAGGAGUCCAGCCCAGGGCACAGCCAUAUACAACCAGCUUCCUGAGAGGCAGACAACCCAAAUCUGACUUCACCAGCCUUAACUGCUGAAGACUGUCCUGUACUAUCUUAACUAGCCGUAAAAUCACAGCUGUCAACACUGGUGCACAUCCACAUAUACAAAAAUCUCAUGUCAUACCAAGUGAUGUGACUCAAAUGUUCAUUAGAUAACUAACAUAACUGACACAAGACCUUUUGCAGGGUCUGUCAUUGGCUUCAACUUUUCUUGCUCAAGGAGAGAGGGUCCCUGGUUCUCCAUCUACCUCCUCUCCAUCAUCUACCAUCUCUCUAUCUCUACCUUCAGGUGUCUAGUUCUCAGAAGCAUCUUUGCUCUGACCUCUCAGAGUUUUGGAUCAUGGCCAUCAAGCACGCUGCAGACAUUAUGCUGAAGCCAGAGGUGGAUACAGCCUGUUCCCCCCUGCAAUGUGUUCACCAGCAGCUGCUGUAGCAGCAGGGCUACAGCCCAGGUGUCAUGAGGAAGGAGAGAUGCAGUAAAAUGGCAGAAUGAAGGAAGUCAGUUGAAGGAGCUGAAUGACACUGAAGAGCUAAAACUCUCCCAGAUGUCCUUCAGCCAGGAAGGAAACCCAGAGGGUGCUACAUGUUAAUACUGUCAUGCCACAAUGAAAAAACACUGCGGGGAGGAGCGGAGCUGGCAUCAGAAAUGACAAACUCCUGGCAGGGGAGGAUUAUGAGUGGUAGCUUCAAUCAGAAGACAAUGAAAAACUGUGGAUGAAGACACAAUGCACCUCCUGAACCAUGAGAGCAGUCUCCAAUUCCCUUACAGGUCUAAUCCAUAAGGAAGAGAACAGUGAGAAAUUUAGAGUUGUAUGGAACACAGCUGUACUGUACACACUGGGAUAUGCACAGAGAAAACCAAAACCCACCCAGCAUCUGAGGUGAAGGGAAAUAAAGGGAGAACUCUACUGGGAAGAAAAAUGCUAGGGCUUGGUUUUCAUUAUCUCAAGCCACAACUCAAAACUGUCCAACUGAUGAUAAGAGAUGUCACCCACCCAGGGAGCUGGAUCCAGAGAGGAAAAGGAACGCUUUCAAACAGUUUCUGUAAGACAUUAAACCAGCUUAAUAUCGGACUGAAAACAAACAUUUCAAUUCCAGAACAUCAAAGCAUUGGGGGAGAAUAUGCUAAAGCAGAAAAUUCCCGAAUGAAAAGCCUGGGGCUUUAAUCUUUACAUAUUUGGCAUGUAACCAGUCAUAUGAACAAUACCAAACCCAUGUAUUCUGCAGAAUGUCCCAGGAACUAUUUCCUUUAGCCACAACCCCAGUUUGAGCCACAACUGUCAGCUCCCUCAGCGUGCAAUCCCAUUCUGAGCACAUAACCUUGUGCAAUUUCAGCUGAUAACCAUCAUUUUCUCCUCCAAACUAUUGUAGAGGAGACAUGUGGGCUGCUACGUGGCUGUUGCUUUCCCCCUAAAGUGACCUUCACUCAGAGGAUGACGUCUGUGUAUACACAGGAGUAUUCACCGGCUGAAAUUACACACAUCAUGUGAGCAAAGUUCCUGAAGACUUCCAUGGAAGUUUUGCUUGCCCAAGGACUCAGGGAUGGCCUACAUGUGUUUAUAAAGCUUUCUGGUCCACUGGGAUACAGAGAACUAUUUGGUACAAGCAGAAAAUUAUGACUGGGAGGCAAUACCACCGAAGAGAGAUAAAUUGUAAUAUAACUGCACUUAAAAGUGUGUUUAACACAAAUUAGCUGCAUCAAACUAAUGCUGAAGUUACAGACUGCUGAAGCUGACUAAGAGACCUGAAUGCCCAGUUGCUUUAGAGUGGGGAAAAAGGGAUCUGAAUUCCUUAAAUAGUCUUGAAUGUUUCACUAUUGUAUAACAAAGAAAAUUAAAGUAACUUGCUCCUAAAGUCUCCAAACCUAUCCAAAAGGUUUUACCAACACCUUUUGAGACUCAUCCUCCCAACCACACUGCAAUUAAAAUUAGAGAUUUUCAGAAAGCCCUGAAAAUAUAUCAAGUUUUGAUGAAAAUUUUAAGAAAAUUCAAUUCCAACUAAUGUUUUUCAGUCCAUCACUUUGAUCCAUUUAAUUAACAUGCAACUGGGUUUAUUUAAAGAAAACAACUUUCAGCACCAAACCAUCUGUCCUAAAACUCAGAACAGAAUCAGUUGAUCACCCAAGACCUGUUCUUCUCCCCUGACCCCAAGUGCAAUACUUGAUUUGUCUUUUAAAGCUUUUUAAGAAAGCAUAGGAUUGGCUUUCAAACAUAAGUUUUGCCUGGGCAAUGCUGUGAAACUGUUUCUGACAGAACCAAAAUGUUAGUGGUUAUGGAAAAGCAGGGGGAAGCUGGUUCCAUGAACACAUCCUUUCACCUUUUGAAAAGAUGCUAACAACAAAUCUAUGAGCCAAUAAUAUUCCUUCCUGGAUGUGUGUGUUCCUGACAAAACACUGAGAGAACAUCCCCUUAAAUACUCCUCAGCAUUGUCAUUCUCUUAUUAGUAAUCUUGCUCAUUUUGGGAGGGCACCCUUCCCCACACUUUCCUCUCCUGAGCAGAGGUUAGCCACAUGCAGAGCUCUCCUGAAGCCCAAGCCCAGCAUGCAGGUACAGUGAAUGCUGCAAGGGGUUUCAGACAGCCAGGGGCCCCUGAGGUGAGACACUUCCCUCUAUGUAUUUGUUGUACUCUAGGAAAAACAUUCAGGGAAGGAGAAGGAGAGAGGAGAGGACAGGAAAGCAACAUACUAAUGCUUAGUGUAAUGGGGUUUGCUAUUCUUGUUAAUAGUUUAAUCAAUAUAAUCAUUUACUGAACCUUCUUAUGUGCUUGUCACCAUCAAGUCACUUUAUAUUUAGCUUAACAUUGGUAAGCCAUAGUUAGCAUUCUCUGCAUCUCUACUACCUACUUACUUCUGCAACAACAACAAAAAAGCCAGGACUGGGAUUUCCCACACCUAAAAAACCCACCAUGCACAAGUGACCUCCUCAGCUACAGGGCUGUGGUGGUGUCCUGGUUGUGCACACACAUGCCAUGGAGCUGUCAGGGCUCAGGGCCUCACAGAGUCUCUGUGUAAGUUAAUUGCAGAGGUGCCAUUCUCCAAGGCAUCAGACUCACAGAGCACACGUGCUUCUCACCUCCACUAGAGACAGCCCAACACUUUGCACAUCACACACAGUUGGAUCCUGAGCUUCUCACAGUCUUUCCUUGAAGGAAUGACUUAUUAGCAGUUCUUGUUUAAGAGUUCCUCUAAUAGACACAAAAGAUAGGUAAAAGACACAAACUCAUACAUAUAAGGAGGGAAAAGGCACAACUGGUGGCAGGGUGGGACAGCUCAGUCCCAGAAGCCACCAUGUUGAGAUUGGUGUUGCCACAGUGGCUUUGUUGGUUUUUACCCUAGAGCAGUUGUAUUUGCUAUUUCAUACCAUGGCAUUUAUCAUAUAUUGUUGGUAUCAUACUACAUAUGCUACAUCACACUAAGGAGCCAUAGGCCUUUC